AUGUCCAGCUUCAAGGCCCUCCGCAUCCUGGCGCGCCCUGCCGUCAGGCAAUUGCGUCCCACCAUCACAGUGACGUCGAUGCAGUCCCGCCUGCACUCGUCCAAGCAUCCCAAGGGGUUUGAGGCGCCCGCCACAGAAGACCUGGAGGAGCUGCGGGAGCGCGUGCAAGAAUUUACGCGGCGCGAAAUCUCCGAGGAGGUAGCGGCGCACACGGACAAGUCCAAUGCGUUCCCCAACGCCAUGUGGCAGAAGCUCGGCGACGCGGGCUUCCUGGGCAUUACGGCCGACGAGGACGUGGGCGGGCUGGGUCUGGGGUACCAGGCGCACUGCAUCGUCAUGGAGGAGCUCUCGCGGGCGUCGGGGUCGAUUGCGCUGAGCUACGCGGCGCACUCGCAGUUGUGCGUCAACCAGCUGCAGCUCAACGGCUCGCCGGCGCAAAAGGCAAAGUACCUGCCGGGGUUGAUUGCGGGCACGAGUGUUGGCGGCCUGGCCAUGUCCGAGUCGGGCUCGGGCAGCGACGUGGUGAGCAUGCGCACGACGGCCAAGGCGGUGGACGGCGGCUACGUCCUCAACGGCUCCAAGAUGUGGAUUACCAACGGGCCGGACGCGCAUGUCAUUGUCGUCUAUGCCAAGACGGAGCCCACGAAGGGAUCCAAGGGCAUUACGGCGUUUAUUGUCGACACGACGACCCAGGGCUUCAGCUGCGCCCGCAAGCUCGACAAGAUGGGCAUGCGCGGGAGCAACACGGGCGAGCUCAUGUUUGACAACGUCUUUGUGCCCGAGGAGAAUGUGCUCGGCAAGGUCAAUGGCGGCGUACGCGUGCUCAUGGAAGGUCUCGACCUGGAGCGCCUGGUGCUCAGCGCCGGGCCGCUCGGCCUGAUGCAGGCCGCGCUCGAUGUGGCGCUUCCGUUUAGCCACCAGCGCAGGCAGUUUGGCCAGCCAAUUGCGCACAACCAGCUCGUCCAGGGAAAGUUGGCCGACAUGCACACCAAGCUGCAGGCGUCGCGCGCGUACACGUACGCGACGGCGCGCGCCGUCGACGAGCAGGGCACGGUUCGCACCGAGGACUGCGCCGGCGCCAUCUUGUACGCGGCCGAGCGCGCUACCGAGUGCUCGCUGGACUGCAUCCAGCUGCUGGGUGGUAUGGGCUACGUGGAGGAGAUGCCGGCCUCGCGCCUGCUACGAGAGUAA